UAAAAUAUUUCAACUGAUUGUUUCGAACAAGACACAAAACCUACUUCGAAUUUUUCAGGAACUGAUGAGAGAGCAAUAGUUCAACCUUCAAACCCAACACAACUUACCCUCUUUCCUAAAUACCUCGUUGAUAUUCUUAGGCACGUGUUCGAACUAACAUCUCUACCUCACAUAGUGAAUAGGUUUUCAUAUCAAGGAAUCUUGCUUUGAAUAAUUUUUUUUUUUGAGUCAUACCCAGUACCACCUACCUAGGCUCAAUUCUGUGUAAUUUCUAUGAAAGUUAAGCCAAACCCAGAUUCUGUUUUUGGGUUAAUCACUGAUUUCAAGAGGACCCAAAAGUCAAGAUUUUGAUUUGGGUUUAGUCUUGAUAAGGAAUUGCAAGAAGGGUUUUUGAAGAAAAAUCAAUAAGAUUUCUGAAUUUGGGUUUCAUUUUGCUUAUCUUUGGAAGAUAUGAAUUUCAGGAGCUUAGAAGAGUUCUGGGCCUUUUAUGUGAAUCAGCACUCAAAACCAUCCACAAGGCGCUGGCAUUUCAUAGGCACACUUAUUUCUAUCUUCUUCAUGCUUUGUUCGGUGGUUUUUAGCUGGUGGUUUCUGUUCUUUGUGCCAGUCUCUGGGUAUGGAUUUGCGUGGUACAGCCAUUUCUUUGUAGAAGGGAAUGUUCCGGCCACGUUUGGGCAUCCAUUUUGGUCUCUUUUCUGUGAUUACAAGAUGUUUGGAUUGAUGCUUACUGGGAAAAUGGAUAAGGAGAUCAAGAGGCUUGGAAAGAGGCCUGUAUUGCAGGGCUUUUAACUGUUUUGUUGGCGACCCUUUUGCUAAGCUGGGAAUUCGCUGAGUAAAUGUGAGGCUUGAAUGCAUCAAUAAUAGAGGGCAGGAUGCAUUGCAGUUUCCUCCUCUGGAUGAGUUGGAUUUGAUCCAGAGCAGGAUGUCGAGGGAUGUAUCUGAUGGUGAAGUACUGCCACCAUGCUCUGUUGGUCUUAGAGGUAUAGGAUAAAAUUGAUUAUGUGAAAGAGUUACUGGCUAAAGUCUAAACACAAGACAUCUAUGAGCUCCCACCAUAUUGCACAUGUAUUUAAAUUGACCAUAAAGUGCAUUUGGUUGCACCAUCUAGCUGAAUAUAUUUCACAAAAGUUUCUUGGGUGAUUGUUUCUUAAA